CCUAAUUCUUAGUCCAAAAUAGAAGGCAUACUUUGUGGAAAGAGUGGUAAAGUUUCUUUCAUACGUUUGAAUGAAUAUUAGUGUGGAAAACGCGUGUUAAAGUGUUACUGUACUUAAAACUAGUGUUUACAGUGCUGGUAGUCUUUUACCAGGUACCUUCUUGGAAGAAAGGAAGAAAAAUUAUAGACGCGUGUUUACAAUGUUCUUUUUAAAAAAAGAUAUGCAUUUUUCGUUUUCCUACACCCCACUCUCAUACUUUCUUCUCUUCGAUCGCAUUCAAACGCAUUACCUGAUGCACUGAUCUGAUUCCUUUUUCUUUCUCUGAUUCAAUUCACUCCUUUCUUAAUCUUCUGUUUAUAGAUCCCAUGAUGUCUUUCUUGAACAAUAAAGGAGCCUCUUCUUCUUUUUCUUUCACUCGCCGAUGGAACUAUGAUGUCUUCUUGAGUUUUAGAGGUGAAGAUACCCGCGAAGGUUUUACCAGUCAUUUAUAUAAGGCUUUGUGUGACAAAGGCUUUUAUACCUUCAUCGAUGAUAAACUUCGGAGGGGAGAAAAGAUUUCGGAAGAACUUAUCCAAGCCAUAAAAAAUUCAUCGAUUUUGGUUAUUGUCUUCUCUGAAAACUAUGCACAGUCCAAAUGGUGCUUGGAUGAACUUGCUGAGAUUGUUAACUGUAGAGAAAAGGACCAGGAGGUUCAAAUUCUUCCAGUUUUUUACAAUGUUGAUCCAUCAGAAAUACGAAAUCAAAAGGGAAACUUUGGAAUGGCACUGGCUAAUCAUGAAAUGAAGUUCAAGAAUAACAAGGAUAAGGUGCAGAGGUGGAGGGAUGCUCUAAGAAAAGCAGCUAAUGCAUCUGGAUGGCAUUACAAGAAAGGCUGCUCUAUAUAUAAAUCUGAAUCUCACUUCAUUCAAAACAUUGUUGAAGAGAUAUCAAGUGCUAUAUUAAAUUGGACGUCAUUAUAUGUUGCUGAAUACCCAGUUGGAAUAAAUUCUCGUGUAGAGGCCAUACAGUCACUUUUAGAUAUUGGGUUAGAUGAAUUUUGCAUGGUAGGGAUUCAUGGCCUUCCCGGAGUAGGAAAGACUACAAUUGCAAAAGCUGUUUAUAAUAAAAUUGCUAAACAUUUUGAUGGAAGCAGCUUUUUAAUGAAUGUUAGAGAAAAUUUAGGGACAGAGGUUGGCAUAAUCACACUACAAAAGCAACUUCUUAAUGACAUCUUAGUGGAUGAAAAUUGGAGAGUGGACAACAAAUUUAGAGGAAUCAGUUUAAUAGAGAAGAGACUUCGCUGUAAAAAGGUUUUUUUAAUCCUUGAUGACGUCGAUGAUUCGACAAGAAUAGAUAAUUUUCUUGGAAAAUGUAAUUGGUUUGCUCCCGGAAGUAGAGUCAUUUUAACAUUAAGAGAUAGAUGCUUGUUAACUGCCCUUAAAGAAAAGCUUUGUACAACUUACAAGGUCAAGGAAUUCAAGGUCGAGCAAUUAAACAAACAUGAAGCUCUUCAACUCUUCAAAGACCAUGCCUUUUCGGGACACAAACCUCAUGAUGAAGAUUAUUCUAAACUUGCAAGCAAAUUCAUAGAUUUUGCCAAAGGCCUUCCACUAGCUCUAGAAAUAAUAGCUCGUGAUUUGUGUGGAAAAGCUAAAGGUGAAUGGGAAAGUGCAUUAGAUAUGUAUAACAAAAUCCCCAACAAAGACAUUCAAAAAAUACUUAGAGUAAGUUACGAUGGAUUGCAUGACACAGAGAAAGAUAUUUUUCUCGAUAUUGCAUGCUUCUUCAAAGGAUGGAACAAAGAUUAUGUUGUAAAGAUAUUAAAUGCUUGUGGAUUACGUCCUGGCUUUGGUAUUCCGAGACUUGUUAAUAAGUGUCUCAUAAUUGUUGACAGAUUUGGUAAAUUGUCAAUGCAUGACUUGAUACAACAAAUGGGCAAGGAAGUUGUCCGACAACAAGCACCAGACAUUCUCAAAAAACGUAGUAGGUUAUGUUGUUAUGAGGAUUCACUUAAAGUAUUAACUACAAAUAAGGGUUCAAAACACAUUCGAGGCAUAAUGUUGCAUUCGCCUCAACAGGUAAAGGUGCAACUACACACUGAAGCUUUCAGAAAGAUGGAAAAUCUCAAAUUUCUAAUAGUUGAGAAUGUACAUAUAUGUAAACCACUUGAAUUUCUUCCCAACAAUUUAAUACUUCUUAAGUGGCCCUAUUAUCCUUUUCAUUGGCCAUUAGAAUAUUUUCCUAAACAACUUGUUGCUAUUGAGAUGCCACAUAGUCGCAUUAGAUUGCCAAAGCUAAUCCAGCAGGAGUGCCGCUUAGAAAAUUUGAAAGACGUCAAUUUUGAAGGUUGUGAAUUUAUUAGGAUUUUACCUAAAUUAUGGGCCCCAAAUUUAGGGAAAUUGAACCUCUCUUGUUGUAAAAAUUUAGUUAAAUUACCUAAAUUAUGGGCCCCAAAUUUAGAGUAUUUGAGCCUCCAUUGUUGUAAAAAUUUAGUUAAAUUACCAAAAUUAUGGGCCCCAAAUUUAGAGUAUUUGUACCUCUCUUAUUGUAAAAAUUUAGUUAAAUUACCUAAAUUAUGGGCCCCAAAUUUAGGAAUUUUGGACCUCUGUGAUUGUGUAAAUUUAGCUGAGAUUGAUGAAUGCUUUGGAUAUCUUGAAAAGCUUAGAGUAUGGAACCUCAGUGGCUGCAUAAAACUUCAGUUUCUUCCAAGCCAACUCAGGUUGAAAUCUCUUUAUUAUUUUUAUCUUACUGGCUGCUCAAGGCUUGAGAAGCUCCCCGAUUUUCAUCAAGAAAUGGAAUGUUUAGAGAGUUUAUAUUUAGAUGGGAGUAGUAUUAGAGAGGUGCCUUCAUCAAUCGAGCAUCUCACUAAGCUUAGAACAUUAAGACUUCAUAAUUGCAAAAACCUUCGGGAUCUUCCAGAUAGCAUUUGUAAAUUGCAACAGCUUCGGGAAUUGCGGACUUCUACUACCAAAUUGAGACCAACGUGCAAUUAUUUUGAUAGCUCUUCCGAGGGCUAUGAAGACAUAAUUGAAUUAGAUCUUUUGACGAAGCCUGAUUACUUCCCCGCAUUGCAAGUAUUAGAAUUAUUUGAAACCAAUAUUGUUACCAUCCCUAAAAGCAUUAGCAGAUUUCCCAACUUAAGAUCCCUUUCUACUACGAAUUGCAAGCUUCUACGUGAAAUUCAAGGACUUCCAGAAUGGGUAACUGUGAACAAUUCUCAAUCAGCAAGCGGGCUAUUGAAUCAGGUAAUAGAAAUUAUUGGGAUUUCACCAAAUAGAGUAUGUGGUAAUAGAAGCACCAAUUACUUCCCAUCUGAAUCUGAAGGUGGGGACAUAUCAAUGGAUCGGCAGUUCUCCAAUCAUUUCCCAUCUGAAACUGAGGGCGUUGAAUAUGAAAAUCAGUUCUCCAAUCGUACUAUUAUUUUAGGGGAAACUGAGAUGCCAAAAUGGUUUAAUCAUCAAAGUGUUGAAAAUUCCAUAUUUUUCUGGGUUGGUCGCAAAUUUCCAAAAUUGGCUGUCGGUAUUGUUCUUGAACGACAGUUCUUUAUUGAUUUUGUUUACAUUUCCAUCAAUGGUUAUAAAAGACGUGAAUAUGAGCGUAUUAUACACUAUGGAAAUAAUUGUAAUCUACAGUUAUUUUCUCUAUCUCAACGGUCUCUGCAGGAGCAUUUGAAUGAAUCAAAUCCAACUGACCAGAAUCAUGUUGAGGUUACAAUCCCUCGCGGUGCGAAUGUUAUAAAAAGGUGGGGGGUCCAUGUAGAAUGCACCUGUCCUCCUCAAGAACCUGCUAUACCUAACUUGCCCCUUCUAACUGCUGGAUAUGAUGAUGAUGAUGUUGUUGAUUACAUGCGUGAGUUGCCAUUUUAUGUAUCUGAUGGUAAAGAAGAAUAUCAGUCUCCUCUGGUCCAUGAUGAUGGUGUUGAUUACUGGCGUGAGUUGCCAUUUUAUGUAUCUGAUGAUAAAGAAGAAUAUCAGUCUCCUCUGGUCCAUGAUGAUGGUGUUGAUUACUGGCGUGAGUUGCCAUUUUAUGGAUCUGAUGAUAAUGAAGAAUAUCAGUCUCCUCUGGUUCAUGAUGACACAUCUAUGUCGUGCAUGAGUUGGCUAGUUGGGCCCACCACCAAGCUUUUUAAGCUAUUUUGCUUUUGCUGCACUAGAGAUUUUUCUUGAAAGGGUUACUGAACUGAGGCCCUUAGGCCUUGGUUGGGUUUUGUUUGUUUUACACUUCAAUGGCCCAAGACUUUGUAAACUUCAGUCUCUAUUCAUCGUGGUUUCUGUCUGUUUCCUUCUUGCAUUUGAUGAAAAGUUGACUGGGAUGGUUGCAGUUGAAGUCACGGAUUUCCUUCUGCCUUGGAUAUGAAUCUGCUCAGCUUAAGGAAUGUGAAUCCACCAUUCCUUUACAACUUCCUGGCCACCGCCUCCCUAUUCUCAUUGGGGAUGAGCAGCAACUUCUUGCAGUGGUUAAAAGCAAGCUGAAUUUGGAAGAAGUUUGUUCCAGAGGCUGGUAUUGCUAGGACAAAAGAAAGAACUUCUUAAUAUCCAGCACAUGAAGCAUCCAUCCAUAAGCUUAUUUCCAAAUAGGGUGUUCUAUGAAAAUCAGAUUUUGGAUGGCCCCAAUGUCAAAUGAAAGGAGUUU